AUGUGCGCUAAUGAGGCUGCACUGAUGGGCACUGAUAGGCUGCACUGAUGGACACGGAUAGCAUCACCACUGAGGUAUUUGCAUAUCGCCAGGGGCGGACUGACAACUCAUGGGGCCCCCAGGCAAUAGGGGAUCAUGGGGCCCCUGUGUUCUUGCCCAAACUCAAAAAGGCCUAUGAAAAAGGUAAGAGGGGCAUCUCAUGGGACCCCCUACUGACCCCGGGCCCUCGGGCAGUGCCCAAGUUUCCAAAUGGUCAGUCCGCCCCUGCAUAU